ACCUUUCUAUGUUUAAAUUAGUAUUUUUAGCCAUGUUUUAAGUAAGUAAAUCUCAACACGUGUAUCUUGUCAAGAAUUAGAAUAAUAUUAAGAAAUAUACAAUAUAUAAGUACAUAAUUAACUUGUACAUUAAAAAAUUAUUUCUACAAUUAUUAUACAUAUAUAUCACUAGGAUGAAUAAUAGAAUUAAUAAUAUAUUAAUUUGUAAAUAAGUUAUUAAAUAAUAAUUUGAAGAAUAUCAGGUUAACUCAAUGUAAACAAUAUUUAAACAUCCAUAAAAAAAAAUGGCGGAGACAGGACAAUUUGACGAAUUCUUGGGUGGAUCACAAAAAUUACCGAAUGAAGUUCAUAUUAUGAAACUUGUUUCUGCAAGAGCUAGUGAAAUUGCUGCAAUGACUUAUUCUAUAGAAAAUCCUCAACAAACGAAACUUGUAUUUCAAAAAUUACCCGUGUAUAUGCGCAGGCGCGUUAUGUCACAUAAUGUUAAACGUUUACCGCGCAGAUUACAGGAAGCACAUUUAAAUCAAAUGACCAAAUCUGGAUUGCCGCCAAAAAUUAAAAGACCAUCACGUAGAUAUCGUAGGCGACCACGUAAUUUAUUAGCGGAAUAUAAACGAAGACAAAGAAAUAAAAUUUGGUUAGAGACUCAUAUUUGGCAUGCAAAACGUUUUCAUAUGAUAGAAAAAUGGGGUUACAAAAUUGCAAAUUAUGCGAACGAUAAAUGUUUUAAAGCUAAUUAUCGUGCUAUAGCAAAACAUUGUUUGAUGCAAGAUAUUUCAUAUUAUACAUGUGUGGAAAUUAAUGGUCUUGAAGAAAUUUUAAAAGAAACAUUAAAAAGUCAUUGCAAUCCAUUGGAAUUAACAUUUGCCGCAAAAAUUUUUAUUACAGGCACUCGAGAAGGAACUGUAAUGUUUUAUAAAAAAAAUGGCUAUCCUCAAUUUCCAAUUGGUUAUGUAUAUUUUUUAUGGAGACCAAGUUAUUCUGAUUUAAGAACUAUAUGGAUUUGGGUGCAUCCAUCUUUUCUAAAUGAUUUUAUUACAGAAAUUAUUCUUAGUUUUGGAUUUAAAUCAAGCGACGAACAUUUUAUUUCUAAUUCAAAUAAUCAAACUCCAGAAUGUUCUUUGUAUAUUAAUGAAACAAAUUGUAAAAUGAUUAUUCAUAAAAAUAUUUUUAAUCGAUUUCGUUUUUAUGGGCCAUCAACCAUUAAUGUUUUAACCAAUGUUCUUCAUUUACCAAAUUUUGAUAAAAUAUUUCAUUUAAAAUCAGAUAAAAUGCAAUUUGAUGAUAAUCAAAUGAAUUGUGAAACUCAGAACUAUAAUAAUAAAUCGUGGCAUAUUGAAUAUUACAAUCAAGAAAAUAUUGAGUCUUUAAAAAUUCAAAAACAAUUAUGGCAAGUGCUAAAAACAUUACAAUCACCUAGUCAAUUGCCACCAAAUAUUGUUCUUGGUUUUACGGUUCUAGAUCCAAGAUUCUAUUUACCUGUUAAAAGAACCAAGCCUCAAAGAGAGAUAAAAACAAUUGAAAUAAUAUCAAUGCCUAUUGCAGAAGCAAAUUUUAGUCCAAUUUGGGAACAGAAAAUAAGAGAAAAAGUUAGUAAAACAUAUAUAACAACAAGUGCAAUUAACAAACUAAGAAGCCAAUGUUUAGUACCAGGAUUAAAUAAUGAUAAAUAUUUUAAUGAAGAAAUCAUGGCAAAGAUACCUAUAUUAUUAAUUCAAAAACCUGGGAUUGGUAAUGCAGGUUUAAGUUCUAGUAUAGAUAUUAUUCUUCCAUCUAAUUGGGCUAUGCCAUUUUGGCUUGCUUGCAUAUUUCGUUGUGUAAGAGUUGGUGCUCUAAGAGAAUCAAAAUCUAUAGCAUUUGAAUAUGAGAACAUGAAAUGUUCAAAUAUUAAUGAUCCAGAUACACCAGCAUAUGCAAGAGAAGCAUUAAAUACUAAAUUAGAAUUAAAAGAAAAAUAUUUUCAUUAUCCACCAAAUAGACGUGUAAACUUUAUUAAGUUUGGAAUUUCUAGUCCCUUUUUUUGUGAAUGGAAAAUUUUAAUGAAAGAAUGGGCAGCUACAGAAGAUUUUUUUGUAUUAAGAAAUCGUAAAUUAUUAAACUUUCUACAAGAUAAUUUAAGUUCAGAAGAUAACAAAAAAAAACAUAAAAUAUUAAAAAAUCAUACAUCAAAUCUUACUAUGCAAAAUGCGUUUGAAAAUAAAAAUUGUUUAAUUCGCGUUAAAGUAUAUAUUGUAAAGAAAGGAUGUCCCAAAAGGUUUGCUUUAAUAUGUAUGCCAACUAAUGAAGAUGUAGAAAAAUUUAAAAAUAAUAGAAAUUGGUCAGGUCCUAUCGAAAAAUUAAAUAUUGAUCCAAAUGAAACUUUUCGGAAAAUAUCACGAAAGAAUCAUUUGGCAUUUUUAAAACGAUUAAAAAAGCAAAGAAUACGUCAUAAAAAAACACUAAUUAAUAAAUUAAGCAAAAUAUUAAACAAAGAACUUGGAAGUUUUAAUUAUGAAGAUAAAUCUAAGAAAUUACUAGAAAUAAGUCGUGAAGCUAUAUGCAAACAAUCCCAAAAAAUGUCACAAUUAUAUCUUCCAGAUUGUACCAGUGUACGAAAUUCUUGUGAUAGGGAAAUUAUGGGUUAUAUAACAAUGGGUGACUUUUCUUUUACAAAAGCAAAGGGUAUAGGUUUAGGGUAUACUACAUUAAAUGCCCUAAUUGAGUUGAUUAAUAAAAAACAUUCUUUUGUUCUUAUUAGAAACAUUCAAACAAGACAAUAUAGAAUUGCUACAUUGGAAGUAGUAACUUAGUAAAUAAA